CAAACAGCUUAGAGAGCAGGAGCAGUGGAGGCUGGUGGAAAAAUCAUGGUGAGUUCAGCGUUGUUUUAAGAAUGUUAAGACAGUGAGCUUAGAGAGUGAGUUAGGAGUGAAAGAUUCACAGGAAAAUAGGUAGAAGCAGAAAUUAAAUUUGAGCUGUAAAUGAGAGUAUCAGAACUCCAGAAUACAAGAAGAAGUAAGACAAAGAGGGAGAACAAAAAGAGAGACAGAGAGAGAAAGAGAAAGUGAGCGUGGCAGGGCUGAACUGCCAUCAUGGUCAGAUCCAAAGGACUGCACACCCUCCUGCUCUGCUCCCUUCCUAUAGCAGUGAUGUCCCUGACAUGUUAUACAUGUGUGUUCCCGGCCAUCUCUCCACUCGAUUGUGUGAUGGUUCCUCAGGACUGCUCUUCAGGACAACAGUGUCUCUACAGCACUGCCACAGCAACCAAAGGCUCUUUGAGUGUAGCUCUCCAUGAGAAGAGCUGUGCAGUUCCGUCUCAGUGUGGGUUGAGCGGUGUGAAGCAUGCUGCAGGUUUUAACUUCAGCUACACCAACAAAUGUUGCAACAUAGACCUCUGCAACGCCGCCGAACUCUCCUUCGCCACCUGUUGGAAAGUCUUGGUACUUACUUUUGGCAUGGUUAGCUUUAUCCUGCUGUCCUAAGUCAGAAGGAGUCUUGAUUUAUCUGGGGGUGCUUACUUAAUAAUGCACACCCACGAACACGGAUGAACAUGUAUAGGCCUGCACUUAUCAAAUUACAGUCCAUUAGGUCUACUAAAGACCCCCCUACUUUUUCACUUCAAAAGGUACACGGGUGAAGGUGUGUGGCCCAAAUCUGGCUUCUUUAGUAUUGCUAAGGGGAGUGUAAACACAUCAUACACUUUUCUUAAAUGUACCAAAGAAUGGACAUCUGAAUUUACGUUUGCACAGUGAACCUAAAACUCCGUUGUCACCUUCAAAUGUAAAUCGCGCUUAAGCAAAACAGGGCCAUAAAAUUAAAAUUCCACCAAUUCCAAAACUUUAGACAUAGCUAACAGUCUUGACUGAUUAAUAUUUAUGUUCCCACAUUUUGCUCCCACCAGCCCACAUUCUAGGAUAGGCAAUAUUAACAUGGACCUGCACAAUCCAAACUAUAUACAGAAAUGUAACAUUUUAGGCUGUGAUGGGGGUUUCGGCGCUAUUCAUUCCCUUCCCAAUUUGCUGAAGUGGCAUCCCGGACAAGUUGUUAGUUUGCUCUGCACAUAUCACUGCGGACAUUUUCUCAAACUUUAAACAAUACCGAGGAUUUGCUCAGCGUUUGACAAUGAAAAGAAGGGCAGUUCCAGCUUUAUGGCUUCACAGGCCCAAGCGGAACCUCUAGCUAAUUAUGUAGCCAGCCAUGUUGUAUGAUUUUAAAACGUUUUGUCAGAUUUUACAGUGAAAGAUUCAUAGUGAGCUAACAACUUUAAUUUACUUUGUUGUUGUCAAGAUUGAAAGCAUGUACAUAGCUACCCAUUAUAGAUAACUAGUAACUACUACUAAGAUUUAAGUAGUAACUAACUCAUUUUUAAUUUAUAGUUCAUGAACAAGACAUAACUCAUAAGAUAACUGGACGUUGGAGAUGUUCAAUCUACAAGUUGCUAGCUUAGCCAGCUACUUACUUACUUCUUCUAAUGAAUGUUAGCUUCCACACUGGAGUGGAAACGAUUUUCAUGUAGUCAGUCUAGUCAAACUGUUAAUUAGUUUUGUUUGAGAACUUAAGUAUUAUCCGAUACAGCCUCAAACGUACGUUUUGAUGCCCAAACGUUCUAUGGUUCGUCUCUCAAGUUAACUAGCUAGAUAACUAGUUAGCGACGGAGUCUGACCUGUUGAUCCUGUGUGAGCCAUUGCAGUUUAUAGCCAGAGCGUAGUUUAUCGGUUAUUCAUGAAAGGGUUAUAGAAACAAAUAAUAUAAAAAUACAAACAAUUAAUUUAAUUGACCAUUGAGUGUUUGGGCAUCUAAACAUAUAUCUUUGAGCCUAUUUAUGACGAACCUUCCCUUUAAAUUAUAAAUGAUGCUGCAUGCAUACACAAAGUUGAGCGUUGAGCACUCACCACUGACAUCCACAAAGGAGAGCAACACUUACACACAAUGUGCACAUGCCACAAAAAAAAAAUGUUCCUCUAAGGCCCUUAUGUCUAAUCGCACAUUGUGCAGCUGCAGUCUUAGCCUUUUAUACUUCCCAUUUAAAUGUGUUGUAUGGCAGUCAGGUGUAGGAAGCUCGUCAUACUGACGGGUGAUUCCACAAAAUCUAAGAAUGAUCUUGGCAUGUUCUAAAUUCUAAACAUGUUACGAAAAAAUUCUCCAACACCGUAAAACCCUUUUUCUAUUGCUUCUCCUUAAAUCCACUUUUCUUACAUACAGUAUAUACCCUCUUUUAGACGGUUAUUAAUGUACUUUUUUGUUAUCUGAAAUAUAAAAAACACACCUCAUAAGCGUGAUGUCAGCAUCUCUGAAAUACAGAAAUACGGAUUAAAAAAAACAACAAUUUAUCUAUGAGGAACACAAAUAAGCUUUUCACAUCCUCAUGUCAUUGACUGAAUGAGCCAACGAAUUUUGCUCCCAUUUUGAGUUAAUCAUUUUGAUAUUUGGUCGCUUAUAAUGACAAAAUGACAAAACAGCUUAUGAGGUUAAUUGUGAGAAUGAUUAAAUGAUUCUUCACUCUUGAAACUAUGGCGUCAUUGGUGUUACGUUCAGCAGUGAUACAUUGCAGGUUGCAGGUGAAACGCGACUGACCGUUCACUGGACAGUUAAACCUGUUGCAGUUCAUUUAGUGUAGAUGUUUAACUUAAAAGUGAAUAAGAUGCAUAUUUAUUGUUCCUUAUUUGCUGAGCAAACGAUAAUGUGUGCUAAGUAUACUAGUUGUUAGCUGGCCAACCGAUUGAGCUUUAAAUAUUUUUCCUCCGCGUGGUAACGUAUACUGAUGUAAAGUAGUAUCGGGCGUUAGUCUAAAACAAAGUACGUCCUUGUUUCAUUUUAGGUUAUGAGUGAUUUAUGCAACUAAUUUUGUAGCCUAAGAAUGUGACUGUAUCUCAGUAAUUACGUAACUUAAACGUUAAUGUAAUAUUUCUCUGUUUCUAGCUAAACGUAUGUCUACAUGCAAUUUAAUGAACGAUUAAUCUUUAAGAUCGUGUUAUAGACCACCCUGGUAAUAACAUAUUGAUGACUAACCCUGCAACCUUCAACAUUAAACCUACCUCCAUCACCA